GUUGGGGGAGAGUAGAAAUGGGGUGGGGAUAGGGAACAGAGGGGGCUCUGGGUUUUGGAGUCGACGGUGUUUAUAUAAUUUUGGAGUUUCGGGUUUUUUUUUUUGGAGUUUCGGGUCAGAGGUGAUUGCGAGGGGGACGGUCGCAUGGAAGGACUGGUCAUGCUGAGGCAGCUCAUCGGUCAGCUUCAGGAGUUCGUUCAAUUCCACGGCUCUCCACCUCAACCUCAACCUCAUCUUCUUCUUCAUCUUCAGCACCAGCACCAGCAGCAGCUUCCGCUACUCAACCACCACCACCACCGCAGGUGGUGCUCCUCUAAUGUUGAUGAUAGUUCUGUAGAUGAUUACUACAGUUUUAUGAUGGCAGCAGGAAAAUCUGGAAGUGUCAAGAUGUUAGAACCUUCCAAGCCUCCUCCUAGUAAGAGAUCUCGUAAGGAGCGAGCCCGGGGUAAAUCAUCAGGAACGACAAAUACCACUGAGCCUAUGGAACAACAUAUUUGGAAAGAUUUCCCGGAAGACCUUUAUGAAGCUGUCAUUGCAAGGCUUCCAAUUGCCACAUUUUUCCGUUUUCGUUCUGUUUGCAGGAAAUGGAAUUCCUUGCUGGACUCUGAAAGUUUCUCUCAGCAGUGUGCAGAGAUCCCACAAGCUAAUCCAUGGUUUUACACCAUCACUCAUGAAAACGUGAAUUCUGGGGCCAUGUAUGACCCUUCCUUGAAGAAGUGGCACCAUCCCACAAUUUCUUCUCUGCCAACAAAGCUGAUCGUCUUGCCAGUGGCUUCAGCAGGUGGCCUGGUAUGCUUUCUUGAUAUUGGUAAUAGAAACUUCUACGUGUGUAACCCUCUGAAUCAAUCUUUUAAAGAGUUGCCAGCCAGGUCAGUUAAGGUCUGGUCUCGUAUUGCUGUGGGGAUGACUCUGAAUGGGAGUUCUACCAGUGGGGGCUACAAGAUCAUGUGGGUGGGUUGUGAUGGUGAGUAUGAAGUUUAUGACUCACUAAGGAACUCUUGGACUCGCCCUGGAAGCAUGCCAUCAAGUGUUAAGCUUCCACUAUCCCUGAAUUUCCGAUCGCAGGCUGUUACAAUUGAUAGCACACUUUACUUCAUGCGGUCAGACCCUGAAGGAAUUGUGUCAUAUGAUAUGGUCACUGGGGUUUGGAAGCAGUUUAUAAUUCCCACACCACUGCAUCUGACUGACCACACACUUGCUGAAUGUGGAGGCCGGAUCAUGCUGGUGGGAUUGUUGUCAAAGAAUGCUGCUACGUGCGUAUGCAUUUGGGAGCUGCAGAAAAUGACACUUUUGUGGAAGGAGGUUGACAGAAUGCCAAAUAUAUGGUGCUUGGAGUUUUACGGCAAGCACGUUAGGAUGACUUGCCUGGGUAACAAAGGCUUACUCAUGUUGUCCUUGAGGUCGAGACAAAUGAACCGCUUGGUUACUUACAAUGUUUCAAGCAGGGAAUGGCUUAAGGUUCCUGGUUGCGUGGUGCCACAUGGGAGGAAGCGGCAAUGGAUUGCAUGUGGCACUUCAUUUCAUCCAUGCCUGACUGCUGUGGCUUGAAUCAUCUUUCUCUGUUUCUGGUGGCUCUCAGCAUGUCAAGAAUGGGAAUGAAUUUUCAAUCAUAAUGGGGUAUAUCAUGGUUGGUUGCAAGCUUUAACUGCCAACUUGUUUCCAGCCAAGUUUCAUUCUUGUCGUUUUAAUGUAGACAAUUUCAUGGAUCAUAUCAUUUCAUCAUUUUCUUCUGUGUACAACCUUAAACAAUUUCCUUUGAAUUCUGAAGACAGUUUAAAAUGCCCUAUUGUGAAUUCAGCUAAGCUAAAUUUGUUCUAAUAGGUGUUUGUUA